CAACAAACCCCGCGAUAUCACCACCACCCAUCGAGCCAUCAGGCUGUCACCCAAACUAGCUCCCCUCAUUCACAUCGAGGCUCCAGUCAGAACAAUGAGCUCCAAGCCACCCCUGGCUGGGCCUAGCGCGUCAUGCGUCGAAGUGACGGCUGAAAUCUCCAUGCAACCCCCGCUUUCGUGGCGGGGCGCGGGUCCCGGGUUGAUCCUCGUUGUCGCCGCCGACCUCGACUUGAGCCACCACGGCAAGACGCUCGACCCUCCACCGCUGCAGAAGUGGGCCGAGGAAGGCUACGCCGUCGCGCAGAUCCGCGUCGACGACCACGCCUCCGCGCUGCCUGGCCAGCUGGCUGUUGCCCUGGCCGAGCUUGCGAAGCUGCCCGAGUGUUCCUCUGUGGACAAGGUCGGCCUUGUUGUCAUUCACAGAAAAGUCAGCGAAAGCCUCAUAGAGGCUGUCCAAGCACAUCCCGAGAUCGUUGCGGCCGUUUUCUACGGUUGUAGCCCGAAUGUGGAAGUGCCUGUCCCGGUCCUCUGCCACCUGGCCAGGAACAGCCAUGGCAUUCAUGAACCGGUGCUGCGCAAAGAGGGCCAUGCCGUUCACACGUACCCAGGAUCCCGCGACAUGUUCAGUAUCCCAACUCAUGCAGACUACCGCUCUGGCUCUGCAGCCGUGGCGCAUACGCGGUCGUUGGCAUUCCUGAAACCCCUGAUGAACGGCCCCUAUUUCGACCUGGAGGCUAUCUGGGACGACCACACGCAUCAUGAAUUCGCCGACCGCAGCGUCGAAGAGACCAUGGCUACCAUGGUGGCCGAGCCCUAUGUCAACCACGUGCCCACUCUGACGGGCGGCAUCGGCCGCCAGAGCCUGACCGGCUUCUACCGCGACCACUUCAUCUUCAGCAACUCCGACGAUGCUGCUCUGGAGCUGAUCAGCAGGACUGUUGGUGUCGAUCGCAUUGUCGACGAGUUCCUGUUCAACUGCACCCACGACCGCGUCAUUGACUGGCUCAUCCCUGGCAUCCCGCCCACUUUCCUGCCGCUGAGCAUCCCCUUCACUGCCAUCGUCAACAUCCGCGGCGACCGCCUCUAUCACGAACACAUUGCCUGGGACCAGGGCACCGUGCUCCGCCAGCUGGGCCUACUGCCCGAGUAUCUGCUAUUUCCAUAUCCGAUUUCGGGAAUUGCAGGCGGCGACGGCAGUAAACAGUUUGAGUUCCACGUGCCAGUUGCUGGUGUCCAGACAGCCCACAAGCUGCGUGAUGAAAACGCAGUGCCGUCGAAUGAAAUGCUCGAGUUCUCAGUGAGAGAGCUGAAGGAUAAGGUUCAGUAGGAAAUGUUAAAUUCAGCUUUUAAGAAAUUUAAUAGCUGCGGCACAUGAAUUCAGUUUCACGAAUAUCUCAG